AUGGACGAACUACAGGAUGUUCAAUUGACAGAGAUCAAACCACUCCUGAACGAUAAGAAUGCGGCUCGCAACUUCCAGGACUUCGACUGUCAGGAACAUGACAUUGAGACAGCUUUCGGAGUGGUCCAUGUCACCAUGCGGGGCACACCCAGGGGGAACAGACCUGUCAUCCUCACAUACCAUGACAUUGGCCUCAACCACAAAUCCUGUUUUAAUGCAUUCUUUAACUUCGAAGACAUGCAAGAGAUCACUCAGCAUUUUGCUGUGUGCCACGUGGAUGCACCAGGCCAGCAGGAAGGAGCUCCCCCAUUCCCAUCUGGGUACCAGUAUCCCAGUAUGGAUGAACUGGCUGAAAUGCUGCCUGCUGUUCUGACGCACCUGAACCUGAAAAGCUUCAUUGGGAUUGGACUGGGAGCUGGCGCUUAUGUCCUCAGCAGGUGUGCACUCAGCCACCCCGAACUGGUGGAGGGACUCGUUCUUAUUAAUGUUGAUCCAUGUGCAAAAGGCUGGAUUGACUGGGCAGCAUCCAAGUUUUCAGGCUGGACAACCAACAUAGUGGAUAUUGUCUUGGCGCACCAUUUUGGCCAUGAGGAACUGCAGGCAAAUCUAGAUUUGAUCCAAACGUACAGGCUUCAUAUCGCACAGGACAUUAACCAAGAUAACCUUCAGCUGUUCCUCACCUCAUACAACAGUCGUAGAGACCUGGAAAUUGAGAGACCAGUUCUUGGCAUCAAUGAAAAUACUGCAAAAACACUCAAGUGUCCUGCCUUGCUAGUGGUUGGUGACAACUCGCCUGCCGUGGAAGCAGUGGUUGAAUGCAAUUCACGUCUUGACCCAACUAAAACUACCCUUCUGAAGAUGGCUGACUGCGGGGGCCUGCCCCAGGUAGUUCAGCCUGGCAAGCUGACUGAAGCCUUCAAGUACUUUGUGCAGGGAAUGGGCUACAUGCCAGCAGCUAGUAUGACCAGGCUGAUGCGUUCCCGUACUCACUCCUCCUCUAGUGUGGGCUCUGGGGAGAGCAUCCGCAGCCGGUCUUAUACCAGCAACCAUGGUGAAGGAAGUGCUGGAACCCCAGAAGGAAUUGACCUCCAGGAUGCACCUCAAACCAUGGAAGUAUCCUGUUAGGCAGGAGCCCGUCUUCUGGAUUCAGACAACUCCACUUGCCCCCACUGAACCCACUCAGAAUCUAGCAUUUCAUCCAACAUGGCAUUAACUGUUCUCUCUAACUUGUGCAUGCCCAUCUGAGCUGCCACCUCCUUGGUAGUCUGUACUUGGCAUUACUUUGGUCCUUUCUGUAUGCCCUUGGCAUCAGAGCCUCUUUAAAACUCAUUAACAUUCCGUGGUCUUAGUAAGUCACAUAACUGUACAUGCUGAUACCAUCUCCUGUCUGUGCUGUAUAUCAAUCCAGAUGACAGCCGUUGUCUUCCCUGUUCAUUUAAAUAUAA